GUGACACUAGGCAGAACAGCUUCAGCCUUACCUCUUCUGGCUUCUCAUCACAGUCUUGGACUUCGGUGUUUUGCUACUGCCAGACAGGGACGUCUCGAACCUUUCCCUCCAAGAACUUGGCAGAUCACCCCUUCAGCAGUGUCUGUGCAUUGCCAGAAUGAAACUGUUUUCCGUCGCUCUGAUGUUCCUGGGCUCACUCGCCUUCCUAGGCGCCGACACUGCUCGGCUCGACGUGGCAUCGGAGUUCAGAAAGAAAUGGAAUAAGUGGGCUGUAAGUCGAGGAAAGAGGGAACUGCGAGUGUCCAGCAGCUACCCCACCGGGAUUGCUGACGUGAAGGCCGAGCGUGUCCAGACUCUCAUACGGCCCCAGGACGUGAAGGGCGCUUCUCACAGCCCUCAGAUCAGCAGUCCGGACGCUGCCCGCAUUCGAGUCAAGCGCUACCGCCAGAGUAUGAAUAACUUCCAGGGCCUCCGGAGCUUUGGCUGCCGUUUCGGGACCUGCACGGUGCAGAAGCUGGCACACCAGAUCUACCAGUUCACAGACAAGGACAAGGACGGUGUCGCCCCCAGAAGCAAGAUCAGCCCCCAAGGCUAUGGCCGCCGGCGCCGUCGUUCCUUGCUCGAGGCGGGCCAGGGCCGGACUCUGGUGUCUUCUGAGCCACAGGCACGCGCAUCUCGGGACUCCCGGGUGCACCAAGUGCUUUCCACUCUCCUUAGGAUUUAGACUCCCGUGACAGCAUCGAACAGUCGCGCAAGCGUCCCACUGGCGCCUCCCAGAGCAGAGGACUUCGGGGGAACAGGCUGAGACAGUCUUGCAGAUACCUGGAGUCCAGAAGGCACCGUUCGGCCUCGAGCCCCGGCAUUGCAGAGCCCCUUCUCCUUUGGGGCUGAGCGCUCUCUUCACCCCAUGAGACUUGGGUGCCCAGGGAGGGCAGAGGAAUCCGAGGGAGUGCCAGGCUCAGGGAGUGGAGAAACUAAGAAAUAAAUGCUGAGACCUUCGGAGCAGGGGUCUGAGCCACUGCUUUGCCCGCUCACAAACUUAUUUCUCAUGGGGUGUCACCCUUCGGGGCGCAAGCCCCAAUAUUACUUGAACUUUACAAACCUAGAGAGGAAAAGUGCAAUGCGUGUUGUACAUACAGAGGUAACUAUCAAUAUUUAAGUUUGUUGCUGUCAAGAUUUUUUUUUGUAACUUCAAAUAUAUAGAGAUAUUUUUGUACGUUAUAUAUUGUAUUAAGGGCAUUUUAAAGCAAUUAUAUUGUCCCUUCCCCCUAUUUUAAGACGUGAAUGUCUCAGCGAGGUGUAAUAUUGUUUGGUUCGUGGACUGUGUGUGUGAGUGCGCGCGUGCAUGUGUAAAAUAGAGUGCCUGGUUACUGCCUGUGGAAGAAGGAAACAUUGUGUCUCUAUAAUCUAUUUACAUAAAAUGGGUGAUACGCGAACUGCAAACCA